GGGAACUUACCCAGCACUGCACCACACCAGCCCGGGAGAGUUUUGAGGCACAAACCACAGGCAAAAUGUCUCUUUCGAACAAACUUCAUUUGGACAAGGUGGACGUGAAAGGAAAGCGGGUGAUCAUGAGGGUGGACUUCAAUGUCCCUAUGAAGAACAAUGUGAUCACAAAUAACCAGAGAAUCAAGGCUGCAGUCCCAUCUAUCCAGCACUGUUUAGAUAAUUGUGCCAAAGCUGUGGUCCUGAUGAGCCACUUGGGCCGGCCUGAUGGAGUCCCUAUGCCAGACAAAUACUCUCUGGAGCCUGUGGCUGCAGAACUCAAGAACCUGCUGGGAAAAGACGUUCAGUUCCUAAAAGACUGUGUGGGUCCAGAAGUGGAGAAAGCCUGUGCAGACCCUCCUGCAGGAUCUGUCAUUCUGCUGGAGAAUCUGCGCUUUCAUGUGGCUGAGGAGGGCAAGGGCAAAGAUGCAUCGGGUAACAAGACCAAAGCAAGUCAGGCAGAGAUCGAUGCUUUCCGAGCCUCCCUGUCCAAACUGGGUGACGUAUACGUCAACGAUGCUUUCGGAACUGCACAUAGAGCUCACAGCUCUAUGGUUGGAGUGAAUCUCCCUCAGAAGGCUGCUGGUUUUCUGAUGAAGAAAGAGCUGGACUACUUUGCCAUGGCCCUUGAGAAACCACAGAGGCCUUUCUUGGCCAUCCUCGGAGGGGCCAAGGUCAAAGAUAAGAUUCAGCUGAUCAACAACAUGUUGGACAAGGUGAAUGAGAUGAUCAUUGGUGGAGGAAUGGCCUUUACCUUCCUCAAGGUUCUCAAGAACAUGGAGAUCGGCACUUCCCUGUUUGAUGAAGAGGGUUCCACAAUUGUGAAAGACCUCAUGGCCAAAGCAGAAAAGAACGGUGUAAAGAUCACACUUCCAGUCGACUUUAUCACUGCAGACAAAUUCGAUGAGAAGGCAACAACAGGCACCGCAACGGUAGCAGAAGGUAUUCCUGCUGGCUGGAUGGGUCUAGACUGUGGUCCUGAGAGCUCAAAGCUCUAUGCAGAGGCUGUGGCCAGAGCCAAGCAGAUUGUGUGGAACGGACCCGUUGGCGUGUUCGAGUGGGACAACUUUGCUCAUGGAACCAAGAACAUGAUGGACAAAGUUGUAGAAGCGACCAAAAAUGGCUGCAUCACCAUUAUCGGUGGGGGAGACACAGCUACCUGCUGUGCCAAGUGGGACACUGAGGACAAGGUCAGCCAUGUGAGCACAGGGGGCGGAGCCAGUCUGGAGCUGCUGGAGGGUAAAGUGCUGCCCGGUGUCGAUGCCCUCAGUAACGUAUAAGUGCUUUAAGGCUCUUCUGCCAGAGGUUGAGUGAUCGUCUCCCAAGAAGCUGUCAUCCUUACUUAGCGCUUUGUUCAGCACUUCUGUCACCUCUUGGGGAUGCAAAUGACAACUACUCCACUCUCUAUGAACGGCCAACAGUACAUGCUAGACUCUGACCCAUACUCUUUCAGUUUGCUUUUCUUCUGUCAAAUUACUUUAAGAAGUUUCCAUCGGCAAAUGGCUGACGUUGGCAGCAAUUAGUUGUGAUGGCUCUAUUUGAGAGAUGGGUCGUUUGUUUUACCGGAGUAAGUGUUAAUGUGUGUCCCACUGUAGUCUGAAUGUGCGCUUUCGGUGUAAACGGUUGUGUUGUAAUUCUAAAGUUUAUUACCUGAUAUUUGUGGCCUUCCCACAGAUGUUGAGUUGUUGUUGUAAUACUGUAGACACUUUCCUCCCCAUAAUGCACUUGUCAUCCUCGACCUGCAGCUUGUGAGAUAGAUGUUUCGCACUGGAAUUUUAAUGAGGGGCUAAUGUUAGACCCAGACCACCUGUCGUAAAGUAAAAACUAAAAUAAUAAUAAUUAAAAUACAUAUUAUAAAAACUG